AUGGCCGCCAAGAUGGGAAUGAAGUUGGGAAUGGGCCUGGGAGGCAGCCGCCUGCUGCAGCAGUCGGCGGCCCGGCGCCUGGGCGGGCGGCGGCCUAUGAGCGUGGUGGCCGCGGCGCCUGAGAAGACUGAGCUCCGCGAGCACCUGCCUGCCACCGUGGCAGGCCUGUCGCUCCUGGGCACCGCCGGCGCGCCCGCCGCGCAUGCCCAGGACGCCCCCUCUGUGGACGAGGCCGUCGCCUCCAUCGUGGACAUCGUCAAGGCGACGGGCGAGGUGGUGAAACAGGGCGUGUCGGCGGCCCAGACCGGUGUCGACUACGCCAAGACCGCCUAUGAGGCAGCCGCGCCCGUCGUCAAGUCGGCCGUGGAGCAGGCGGCGCCGGUGGUGGAGAAGGGCGUGAGGACGGCGGUGGAUGUGGCGGCGCCCGCGCUGCAGUCGGGCCUGAAGGAGGCGGAGAAGGCUCUGGCUACCAGCGGCGUGCCCACCUCUGUGGACCUGUCUGCCGCCAAGCCGCUGGUGGAGAGCACGGAGCAGGCCGUCACCGCCACCAAGCCGUUUGUAGACCAGGCGAUCACCUUCCUGACCACCACCGAGCCCACGCUGCUGGGCCAGUACGCGCUGGCCGUGCUGGCAGCCUACUACCUGACCCCGCCCCUGCUGCGCGCCGGCGUGGGCCUGCUGCGCGGCUACGCGGGCGACAUCUCCGCCGCCGCCGCGCUGACCGCGGUGGAGAGCGAGGGCUCCGCCUUCAUCGUCGACAUCCGCUCGCUGCGCGACAAGGAGGCGGGCGCCCCCGACAUCCCCAACGCCAGCAAGCUGGUGGAGCUGGAGUAUGCUGCCAUUGAGGACCGGCGCGUGCGCAACCAGCUGCGCAACGCGGGCGACCUGGAGGUGCAGGUGACGGCGCUGCAGGUGGCGGCCCUCAAGCGGCUCUCCCCCGGCAGCAAGGUGCUGCUCAUGGACCGCAACGGCGGCGGCCCCGCCAGGGCAGUGGCCAAGGAGCUGGCGGCGCGCGGCUUUGGCCGCGUGUUUGUCAUCAAGGGCGGCUUCAACGGCUGGGUGUCCUCCAAGCUGCGCACCAAGACCGCCAACAUUGCGUACAGCCGCGUGGAGGUGGUGCCCGGCACCUUUGCCGGCACCGGCAGCACCAAGCCCGGCCCCAGGCAGCUGCCCGCCGCCUCCCGCAACGGCAGGCCCGUCACCGUGUCUGGCCGGCGAGCCCUCCCGAGCAUCACCUCUGGCAGCUCGUAG